AUGGGCCCAGCUCUUGAGUUUAAGAUUGUCAUCAUCGGAUCAGUCGCUGUCGGAAAGACUGCCAUCACAAACCGUCUCCAAUAUCAGCAAUUCGAGGAAGAUUAUCAGCCAACAAUCGGUGCAGGAUAUAUUCCUUACCGUACAUCUUGCGACGGCAAGGAUGUAGAACUUCAGAUCUGGGAUACAGCAGGUAUGGAAAGAUAUAAGUCACUUGGUCCAAUCUACUACCGUGAUGCUGUCGCUGCCAUCAUUGUUUAUGAUCAGACCGACCAGGAGUCUGCCGAUGUCAUCAAGAAAUGGCUUGAUGCUUUCCGUGGAACAGUUAAAACACACGCAUUCAUUGCAAUUGCCGCUAAUAAGGACGAUCUUCCAAACAAGGUCGUAAAUAAUAACGAAGUUAAACAGUGGGCUGAGGAGAAUGAUUUCUCAUUCUUCAUCACAUCUGCUAAGAGCGGCGUUGGUGUUAAUGAAAUGUUCCAGACUCUUGUCCGUGAGGUUAUGAAGACAUACCAGACAACAACAAAGGCUCCAUCAACAGUUCCAACACCAGAUCUUACAACCCCACAACAGGAUAAGAAAGGUUGCUGCUAA